UGAGGCUGAUGGUUUAAUUUUAAAAAAAGGUGAUGGUACGAAGUCCAUUGAUGAUUUUGUGGUCCAUGUGUAUUUAGUGAGUCAAGGCACAAUGUGCUCAUGUAACUGGUGACCAUUCGGUGGGGGCUGAGAGACUGACUAGGGGGAGGAGGGACAUGUUUUUUCCCUUCUUUUUUUUUCUUUUUUUUUUUUUUGGUUGAGGCAGUCCCUCCCACGGACAAAGAUGAAAGCUACAUAAGGGGUUCCCUGUCUCUCUCAGGAUACAAAGUGGAGAGAAGGAGAGAGGUGAAAGAGAAGAGAAAGAGUGAAAGGGACACAAAGAGUGAGACAGAGAAAAAAAGAGAGAGCCGACAGCAGAAAUUUGACGGAAGAUCUAGAGUCAGAGCAUUGGAAGCAAAACCAUAGCCAUUUUUUUUUUUCAUCUUUUCCAUCUCUACAAGUACAACAAAGCAAACCAACCAGCAGCUAGUCAGCACUCCCCCCUUCCUCUCUGGUGCAUUCAACUCCAGCAGAAACCCUUGGAGACUUUCAACAGGACAUUAAUCCUCAGUGGCAGGGCAGGCAGCUGCGAGCGAGCGAGAGAGAGACGACAUGGGAGUCCCCGUGCCCGGGUGCGUGUGCGUGGGGCUGGUGCUGGUCCUUGCCCUGGGCUUGGACAAGGCAGCGGAGGGCUGCAGCUGCCUCCCCGCACACCCCCAGCAACACUUCUGCUACUCGGAUAUCGUGAUUCGAGCAAAGAUAUCAGGAGAGAAGAUUGUGUCUCCAAGCAAUACCUCGUCCCCUUACAUGAAGAUGGUCCAAUAUGAAAUUAAACUCAUUAAGAUGUUUAAAGGCUUUGAUAAAAUAAAGGACAUCCAGUAUGUCUACACCCCGCUCUACUCUUCCCUUUGUGGAGUCAAGCUUGAUUCCAAUAACAAAAUCCAAUACCUGCUGUCAGGGCAUAUCCGCAGAGAUGGCAAAGUCUCAACUGGACUGUGUGACUUCACUGAACCAUGGGACAACUUGUCACUAACCCAAAAGAAGAAUCUCAAUUAUAGAUAUCAAAUGGGCUGCGACUGCAAAAUCGCCCCCUGCUACACAGUGCCCUGUUCCACGACCACCGAUAACGAGUGCUUGUGGACGGACUGGGUGCUGGACAACAGUUUGAGUGGGGAACAGGCGCGACAGCAUGCCUGCAUCAAACGCAGCGACGGCUCUUGUGGUUGGUACCAGGGUGGGCCUCCGCCUGAGAAGGACUUGCUUGACCUGACUGACCCCUGAGGGGCAAAGCUACGCUUACAAUUCAGCCCACCCAUCAGCCAGACGAGGCAGAGGGCGAUAUGGGUCUCUUUUUUUUUCUCAAAUCUCUCCUUAUCUUAUGCUCUGAUCUCCAGAACUCAGAGACUUCAAUGAUCUGUGUUCAGGACAUGCAGGGUUCACCUUGCCACUAUUAUGAAUGUAAGAAAGAGAGUGGCCGUCAGAGGACAGAUGUUUAUAAUGCACACAUCAGCCCUGGUCUUAGGGUUUCAUGCCGACUUGGUUCGUCUUUUGCUUGCUUGAUUUAUUAGUGUAAUGUACGGCUACAGUUUGGUGUAUUCCUCUUGUCUCUUCAAACCUGCUCUAAACGAAAGACCCAUUCCAAUGCAACACUUUCCCUAGAGUGCAAUAGAAUCACUGGGAGGAAAUGUAAAAAUACAAAAAACAAAAGUCUACUUUGAGGAUGAAAAUGUUGCCAUAAUCGUACAAAAAUCUGCAUUUAUGCAUUCAGCAAUUCUGUACAGUAUGUACACUUAAAUGUAUCUGCAUAUUUUGGACACCUGGAACUUCUGUGUGAAUUCUGUAUAAUGUGCAUAUCCCUUUUUUUUUUGGUCAUUAACUCUGUACACGAAAGAGUUAGACUAGCAUAGCAACCACCCACUAGAUCAUAAUUGAAGCCUCUUUGAUAACUUUUUUUCUGUGAUUUUGCCUUGUGAUCUUGUUUCAUUGUGUGAUGGUUCAUUUUUUUUUCUUGUGCCAAAAAGCUAAUACAUUGCUUUAACAUAAGCAGACGUAGAAGCCGUGUAGAACAAUGAUUUUGUAUACAAAAAGUUUGUAUGGGUAUUUAUGUUUCCUUUUUGCUGUCAAUAUAGUUUUCUAUACUGUACCAAAAAUAUUGUAAGUAAAGUUUAACUAGAACUUUCAACAUUUCAAAUCUUCUUCAAAUGAUACUUUAUCUUCUGUGCAAUGCUAGCCUGGAUGCUAGCUCUUUUAGCAGAGGCCAGGUAUUGUAUCUCGCAACUGCAGAGAUAGACUAGCAUCCAGACUAACACUAUGUUUCAUCAUUCAAUAAAAAAAUAUUCACUUACAA